CCAAUACAGUAAUACUCGUACCCUGAAGGCGUGCCUCAUGCGCGAGCUCCGCAUUUCAUUGAUUGUAAUUGGGUUUCUCUGAUUUUUGUGUUCUUCGGCUGCGUGCGAUGACUACUCAACCCAGUAAUCCAAAGUCUGUUUACGAUUUUGUUGUCAAGGAUGCUAAGGGAAAUGAUGUUGACCUUUCUACUUACAAUGGAAAAGUCCUGCUGAUCGUCAAUGUUGCUUCCAAAUGUGGCAUGACCAACUCAAAUUAUACGGAGUUGAAUCAAUUAUAUGAGAAGUAUAAAGAUAAAGGCCUGGAGAUACUGGCGUUUCCAUGCAAUCAGUUUGGUGAGGAAGAACCUGGUAGCAAUGACCAAAUUACAGAGUUUGUUUGCACUCGCUUCAAAUCAGAAUUUCCCAUCUUUGAUAAGAUUGAAGUGAAUGGUGAGAAUGCUUCUCCGUUGUACAAGUUCUUGAAGACAGGAAAAUGGGGAAUCAUUGGGGAUGAUAUUCAGUGGAACUUCGCCAAGUUUCUACUUGACAAGAACGGUCAAGCUGUAGAUCGCUAUUAUCCCACCACUUCUCCUCUCAGCCUUGAGCGAGACAUCAAAAAGCUACUCGGUAUCUUAUGAAUUUGAAGAAAAAACUUGGAAGGGGGCAUGGUGAAUGCAUGUAUGCCAACAAUAUCAUGUAAUGGUGAAUCUUUGGCUCGCCUGGAAAAAGAAACGUGUUUAUCCCCGCAUGCUAUAUGUUUGGUAAAUACUAAGUACUUGGGCCCAAAUCCUUUGUCUAUAAAUGAUUAGUGCGUGGAGAUUUUUCAGUGAAGUUUCUAUUAUUGUUAGUAUUGACAAAUGGGUUUCUGACUUUCUGGGGGCAUGCAUAUCAGAUAUAAUGCUAGUGCCUACACAUUCUGCUUUCA